GGACCCUUGGUGAGUUCUGUCAUGGUGAUUUAAGGAGCCUCGCCUAGAAGUCCCCAGCUUGCAGUUCCCUUCAGCGGGAAGGUGCGAGCUCCAAGAUGAUCAUAAAGGAAUACCGGAUCCCCCUGCCUAUGACCGUGGAGGAGUACCGCAUUGCCCAGCUCUAUAUGAUCCAGAAGAAGAGUCGCAAUGAGACAUUUGGUGAAGGCAGCGGCGUGGAGAUCCUGGAGAACCGGCCAUACUCGGAUGGCCCUGGGGGCUCUGGGCAGUACACACACAAGGUGUACCACGUGGGCAUGCAUAUUCCUAGCUGGUUCCGCUCUGUCCUGCCCAAGGCAGCCCUGCGGGUGGUAGAGGAGUCCUGGAAUGCCUACCCCUACACCCGGACCAGGUUCACAUGCCCUUUUGUGGAGAAAUUCUCCAUCGACAUCGAAACGUUCUAUAAAACCGAUGCUGGAGAAAAUGCCAAUGUGUUCAGCCUCUCUCCUGUGGAAAAGAGCCAGCUGAUGAUCGACUUCAUCGACAUUGUCAAGGACCCCGUCCCCCCGAAUGAGUAUAAGACAGAAGAGGACCCCAAGCUGUUUCACUCUACCAAGACCCAGCGGGGGCCCCUCUCCGACAACUGGAUCGAGGAGUACAAGCAGCAUGUGUUCCCCAUCAUGUGCGCCUACAAGCUCUGCAAGGUGGAGUUCCGCUACUGGGGCAUGCAGUCCAAGAUUGAGAGGUUCAUCCACGACACUGGCCUGCGGAGGGUGAUGGUGCGGGCCCACCGGCAGGCCUGGUGCUGGCAGGACGAGUGGUGUGGGCUGAGCAUGGAGAACAUCCGCGAGCUGGAGAAGGAAGCACAGCUCCUGCUCUCCCGCAAGAUGGCCCAGUUCAGCGAGGAUGAGGAGGCCACUGAGCUGCCCAAGGAUGAAGGCACCCAGGGCUCUGGGGAGCCCGAGCCCAACAGCAGCAGCAGUGGGGAGGCCCUGGCAGGGCGGGGCCUGAAGAAACAGUGGUCCACAUCCUCCAAGUCCUCAAGGUCAUCCAAGCGGGGAGCGAGCCCUUCUCGCCACAGCAUCUCAGAGUGGAGGAUGCAGAGCAUCGCCAGGGACUCAGACGAGAGCUCAGACGACGAAUUCUUUGAUGCUCAUGAGGACUUGUCUGACCCAGAGGACAUGUUCCCCAAGGACAUCAGCAAGUGGAACUCCAACGACCUCAUGGACAAAAUCGAAAGCCGGGAGCCGGAGGAUGCACCGGACGGUCUAUACCAGCAGAGCACCCCUGGGUUCAGGGUGGCUUCCAGUGUGGAGCAGCUGAACAUUAUCGAGGAUGAGGUCAGCCAGCCACUGACCAUGCCACCCUCCAAGGUGCACGUGCUGCUGCUGGUGUUGCACGGGGGCACCAUCCUGGAUACGGGCAGUGGGGACCCCAACUCUAAGCAGGGUGACACCAACACCAUCGCCACCGUGUUCGACACUGUCAUGCGCGUGCACUACCCCAGUGCCCUGGGCCGUCUCGCCAUUCGCCUGGUGCCCUGUCCACCCGUCUGCUCAGACGCCUUCGCUCUUGUCUCCAACCUCAGCCCCUACAGCCACGACGAAGGCUGUUUGUCCAGCAGCCAGGACCACAUCCCCCUGGCUGCACUGCCCCUGCUGGCCACCUCCUCACCGCAGUACCAGGAGGCAGUUGCCACAGUGAUCCAGCGGGCCAACCUCGCCUAUGGGGACUUCAUCAAGUCUCAGGAGGGCUUGACCUUCAGCGGGCAGGUCUGCCUGAUUGGAGACUGUGUCGGGGGUAUCCUGGCCUUCGACGCCUUGUGUCAGAGCAGCCAGGCAGUGUCCGAGAGCCAGAGCAGCAGCCGCCGGGGCAGCGUGGUCAGCGUACAGGACACUGACCUGCUGUCCCCGGGCAUCCUGGUGAACACAGCACACUGCUGUAGUGGUGGGGGCUCCGGCCUGGAGAGCAGUCGGCACCUGAGCCGAAGCAACGUGGAUAUCCCCCGGAGCAACGGCACUGAGGACCCCAAGAGGCAGCUGCCCCGCAAGAGGAGCGACUCGUCCACCUACGAGCUGGACACCAUCCAGCAGCACCAGGCCUUCCUGUCCAGCCUCCACGCCAGCGUGCUGCGGACCGAGCCUGGCGCCCGCCGCUCCAGCAGUUCAGCCAUGCUGGAAGGGGCCCUCGGCAGGUUUGACUUCGAGAUUGCCGACCUCUUCCUCUUCGGGUGCCCACUGGGGUUGGUCCUGGCCUUGAGGAAGACAGUCAUCCCUGCCCUGGAUGUUUUCCAGCUGCGGCCUGCCUGCCAGCAAGUUUACAACCUGUUCCACCCUGCCGACCCGUCAGCCUCCCGCCUAGAGCCCUUGCUGGAGUGCCGCUUCCACGCCUUGCCGCCCUUCAGCGUCCCCCGGUACCAGCGCUACCCACUGGGGGACGGCUGCUCCACGCUGCUGGCAGAUGCCCUCCAGAUCCACACCACCGUCUUCCAAGAGCUUGCUGCGCCCUCCUCACCUAGCACGGCACCCCCAAGCCGAGGCUUCCGCCGAGCCAGUGAGAUCAGCAUCGCCAGCCAAGUGUCAGGUGUGGCCGAGAGUUACACCGUGUCCACCAUCACCCAGAAGGCCCCAACACUGCUCAGCCAUACCCCGAGCAUCAGGCGCCUGUCCCUGCUCGCUCUGCCUUCCCCCCCCCCCGCGCCCCCCAGACCCCGACCUCAGGGCCGGCACCCAAGCCCCAGCCUGGAGAGGGUCCCCUACCUCCCAGACUUGGACCUCAGAGAAGUUGCAGCCAAGUGGUGGGGCCAGAAACGCAUUGACUACGCACUGUACUGCCCGGACGCACUGACGGCCUUCCCCACCGUGGCCUUGCCUCACCUCUUCCACGCCAGCUACUGGGAAUCCACUGACGUGGUGUCCUUCUUGCUGAGACAGGUCAUGCGGCAUGACAGUUCCAGUGUCUUGGAGCUGGACGGCAAGGAGGUGUCAGUGUUUACCCCCUCCAAGCCUCGGGAAAAGUGGCAACGCAAGAGGACCCACGUGAAGCUGAGGAAUGUGACAGCCAAUCACCGGAUCAAUGAUGCGGUGGCUAACGAGGAUGGCCCACAGGUUUUGACUGGCCGUUUCAUGUACGGGCCCCUGGACAUGGUCACUCUGACCGGGGAGAAGGUGGACGUGCACAUCAUGACACAGCCGCCCUCAGGAGAGUGGCUGUACCUGGACACACUGGUGACCAAUAGCAGUGGACGUGUCUCCUACACCCUCCCUGAGACCCAUCGCCUGGGUGUGGGCGUCUACCCCAUCAAGAUGGUAGUCAGAGGGGACCACACGUUUGCCGACAGCUACAUCACUGUGCUGCCCAGGGGCACGGAGUUUGUGGUCUUCAGCAUCGAUGGCUCCUUUGCAGCCAGCGUGUCCAUCAUGGGCAGCGACCCGAAGGUGCGGGCCGGGGCCGUGGACGUGGUUCGGCACUGGCAGGACCUGGGCUACCUCAUCAUCUACGUCACGGGCCGACCAGACAUGCAGAAGCAACGGGUGGUGGCCUGGCUGGCCCAGCACAACUUCCCCCAUGGCGUGGUGUCCUUCUGUGACGGCCUGGUACACGACCCGCUCCGGCACAAGGCCAACUUCCUGAAGUUGCUCAUCUCCGAGCUGCACCUGCGCGUGCACGCAGCCUACGGCUCCACCAAGGAUGUGGCGGUCUACAGUGCCAUCAGCCUGUCUCCCAUGCAAAUUUACAUCGUAGGGCGCCCCACCAAGAAACUACAGCAUCAGUGCCAGUUUAUCACCGACGGCUAUGCGGCUCACCUGGCACAGCUCAAGUACAACCACCGGGCGCGGCCGGCCCGCAACGCGGCCACGCGCAUGGCGCUCCGCAAGGGCAGCUUCGGGCUCCCGGGUCAGGGCGACUUCCUGCGUUCACGCAAUCACCUGCUUCGCACCAUCUCGGCACAGCCAGGCGGCGCCGGUCUCCGGCCCGAGCGGACACAGAACCAGUCGGACAGCGAACGCGAGCAACGGGGCCAGCGCAGCAUGAGCAUGGCCGCCAGCUGCUGGGGUCGUUCCGUAACCGGCCGGAUGGAGCCCGGCCCCAAGUAG